AGAGAAAAGCGAGAAAAGCGAGAUCUAGUUUGGGGGUCGGCGCGCGGCCGGCGCGUGAGCGUCCGUGCCGGCGCCGGAGCCUCUGUUUUGUCCUUCUUAGUGUCUCUCCUUCGCUCUUCUUCGCCGUCCUGUCAACGACUGCCUUGUCCGAACUCUGGAUUCGACAUCACCGCUUACGGUGGUCUCGGUCUUGGAGCAACGACGCUCUCGUCGGGAGGGUCCUGGUGGUAGAAGUGGCAUGCAUGUUCAGUGGUGGUUUUUUUCCGGGAGGUGGAGGCUUUCGUAGAUCCACCGCCGCCGGCUCUAGUUCCCGGGAAGGGAGUCUUCAUUAGAUUUGCCUUCGCCGGCUCUAGUUUUGGAGAGCGGAGGCUAGCACAGCUCCGCGCUGCCACUUAGGAUCCCGCGGUUCUUUGGGAAAAGUUUUCUAGUUUAGUUUUGUUUCAUGGUCGGCGUAGUUGUCGGUAAGUCUUGGGUGGGGUCACUGCGGUUGAGUUCUUGGUAGAAGACAAGGGUCGCCGGUGAGGUGAUGAUUCACAAGGAAAGGAAGAGAUGGUGUCUUGGGUCGCGUGUCUUGGGUUUGAAGUAUGAUAAAGGCGGAGGAGAUCUCGAAGAUCGAUUGAUCUCUCCGGCGGGAUGACACGGCGGUGAAGUAGGGAUUUGCGUUUGUUUGGAGGCUUGUCUGGUUUCGAGCUCCGUCUAACAAGGUUCUCGCGGGUGGUUGUUUCCGGUGGCGUAAAGGCGGAGGUGAUCAAGUCGAGGCGGUGUCGACGUGUUUCGCGUCAAUGGAGCAGAUCACUCCACGUGUCGAGCCGCCUCCUUGAUGCGCUUGCCAGCGGGCCGGGUGGUUUCUUAGGGUGGGCCGAGGGCCUGUUUUAGUUUUUAUGUUGCCCCAGGGGUUUGGGCUUGCGUUUGUUUUCGUUGUAAUCGGGCUUCGGCCUUGUUUGGGCUUGGCCCUUUCUUCUUAUAAUAUCAAAACUUUGGCGGAAAAAAAAAAAAAAAGUCAUAAACAACUGUUUGAUACUAUGAGAGAAAGCUGUAUUUAGAAUCACAAAUAAGAAGAAAAGAAGUUUCUCUACUGUUUAACAAAUGAGUAAAGUUAAAAAAGGGGAUGGAAAAGUCAUCUUCUUUUUGUCGGUUUGACUUGACAUAAGUAGUCAUGUUUAUUUUUUGUCGUUAUCUGGUCAGUAAAUCUACUCUUCAGGCCUACAAACUUUCAUGAAAUGGUCAGCUGAUCAUAUGAGCAUUCUAAAAUUUGUAUUUAUCUUUUAACUGACAGAUACUAGUGGUCCAAUGUAAAUGAUCACUUGAUCAGUAAUAAUAUGUUUCAAACUCCCGUAAUAAAUUACAAUAUAAGAAUUCUCAUAUCAAUUAAAUCGAGCUGCAUUGGUUAUGAAAUAAAGAUAUUUGUUGUUACAACUAUCACAUUCCAACCCACAUGUUAGAUUUUGAUGAUAAAGAAGUAAAGACCUUAAGAGAAUGAUUUCGACUUUUUAAAAACUCACUUUCUCUUUCCCUCCUUUAUGCAGACACAAGAAAAGGAAAUGAAAUUAAAGGGAGAUCUCCACUAGUGAGCGAUAAAGACUCCUCACAUUCUCUUUGUAAAUCUCUAAAAUCUCAUCAGUCUCUCUUUUCAACUUGAAAAUCCUACAAGUCUGGAGAGUGAAUCAAACCUGAAAGUAUUUUGUUAGGCAAAUGAUAAAGAUUCUUCAUCUACUUCUUAAGGUCUCGGUUGUCCAGUUUCUCUGUUGUGUAUAUGCUUCUACUGCAUUUCAUCCACCUGCUUCACAGCCUUCCCUGUCUCCUGUUUACACUUCCAUGGCUUCCUUCUCUCCAGGAAUCCAAAUGAGUAGAGGCCAAGUACACAAUAAACUUAUAAUCGCUCUUAUAAUCAGCUCCUCGUCGCUAGGACUAAUAGUUUUUUGUUGUUUAUGCUUUUGGGCUGUUUAUCGGUCUAAGCAAUUUCCCAAACCCACCAAGAACUCAGAGAGUGGGAUUUCAUUACCCAAGAAGGGUUUUGUGCAGUCCUUCGAUUACAAGACACUAGAGAAAGCAACAUGCGGUUUCAAAGACAGUAAUCUUAUAGGACGAGGCGGGUUUGGAUUUGUUUACAAAGCCUGCUUAGACAAUCACACUCUAGCCGCGGUUAAAAAGAUCGAAAACGUUAGCCAAGAAGCAAAACGGGAGUUUCAGAACGAAGUUGAUCUAUUGAGCAAGAUUCACCAUCCGAACAUCAUCUCACUUUUGGGACAUACAAGUGAAAUCAGCUCGAGCUUCAUCGUUUACGAGCUGAUGGAAAAGGGAUCUUUGGAUGCACAGUUACACGGACCUUCUCGGGGAUCGGCAUUAACAUGGCACAUGCGGAUGAAGAUUGCUCUUGAUACAGCCAGAGGUGUAGAGUAUCUUCAUGAGCGCUGUCGUCCUCCGGUUAUCCACAGAGAUAUAAAAUCUUCAAAUAUUCUCCUUGAUUCUUCCUUCAACGCCAAGAUAUCUGAUUUUGGACUUGCGGUAACGAACGGGAUGCACGGCAAGAACAACAUUAAACUAUCUGGGACACUUGGUUAUGUUGCUCCAGAAUAUCUCCUAGAUGGUAAAUUAACGGAUAAAAGUGAUGUUUACUCAUUCGGAGUGGUUCUACUUGAACUGUUGCUGGGAAGACGGCCGGUUGAGAAGUUGAGUUCGGUUCAGUGCCAAUCUCUGGUCACUUGGGCAAUGCCACAACUUACGGAUAGAUCAAAGCUUCCUAAAAUAGUGGAUCCAGUUAUCAAAGAUACAAUGGAUCAUAAGCAUCUAUACCAGGUAGCAGCUGUGGCAGUGCUUUGUGUACAGCCAGAACCGAGUUAUAGACCGUUGAUAACCGAUGUUCUUCACUCACUUGUUCCACUGGUUCCGGUAGAGCUAGGAGGAACACUCCGGUUAAUAUCAUCAUCGUCCUAAAGCAAAUAAUUCUUGCUUAUAUAUAUAGGGAUUGAUCUUAUUGCUUCAGAACUUUUGGGGUGAAAAUGUGAGAAUAAAGGUUUUCAAGGGGUAUUCACUUCUAAUGAUUGUAUUUGUAACUUGCCUAUACUAUACAAUUUUUAUAUUCCACCAAGUAAAUAUUCAAUAUUUAUGUCUUUUGCA